AAGGCGACUACCUAGUCGGCUACUCCCUCACUCCCUCCCAAAUUGCGGCGAAUUGGUGAACGAGUUGAGGUGCUGCGGAAGAGUGACGACCGGAAGCAGGCCGUGGAGUGAUAACUGGAAGCACAAGACCCUAAUCCCCAAUUCCAAUUUUUACCCUUCUGUGAAGAGACGUCGACCCCGCAGUCCCUCCCAAAAUUCGUGCGUAGUUACCGCGGACUGGCGGACGAGCUGAGGUGCGGCGGUGGAGUGACGACCGGAAGCAGGCGGUGGCGGACCAACUCCAACAACCAAAAUGACACCUGAAAUUUAAUUAGCGAGAAAAGUCAAAGCUCCGGCCUUGCUUUAUCUUCUUCCUCUCGUCGCAAGCGGAGGUAGGUGGCUUGCACGGCACUUCCUUUAUCAUCUCUAAUAGUAUUUAUUUAGGGUGCAUAAAUGGGUUGCAAGACCGUGAUCAAGUGGCCUAAGCAAAUCACAGCAUGCCUGGUUGAGCAGUUAAUUAAAGCGGAAAAAGACAUACAGAAAGCUAUUCUAAUAUUUGAUGCUGCAACAGCAGAGUAUACUAAUGGCUUCAGGCAUGAUAAUGGCACCUUUGGUAUCAUAAUCUCAAGAUUGCUUUCUGCCAACCGGUUUAAGUCAGCUGAGGAUAUGCUUGCUAGAAUGAAGGAGGAGAAUUGUAUGAUUACAGAGGACGUCUUCCUCUCUAUGUGUAGAGCCUAUGGACGGGUUCACAAGCCACUUGAUGUGGUCAGGAUCUUCCAAAAGAUGAAGGAUUACGAUUGUGAACCUACCCAGAAGUCUUAUAUUACAGUUUUCUCUAUUCUUGUGAACGAAAACCGGUUGAAAACAGCUUUUAAGUUUUACCGUUACAUGAGGGAAAAAGGUAUCCCUCCUAGCACUGCUUCGCUCAAUAUUCUCAUUAAAGCGCUUUGCAAGAAUGACAAAACAAUGGAUGCCGCUUUUAAUAUAUUUCGUGAGAUGCCUAAACAUGGAUGUAAUCCGGAUCCAUACACGUAUGGUACUAUCAUUAAUGGGCUUUGUAAAUUGGGGAGGAUUCUUGAAGCAAAAGAACUUUUCAGGGAGAUGGAAGCAAAAGGUUGUUUACCAACUGUUAUCACCUAUACUGCUUUGAUUCAUGGUCUUUGUCUCUGUAAUGACUUGGAUGGAGCCACAGGAUUGCUUGAGGAUAUGAAAAUCAAACUUGUUGAGCCCAACGUGUUUACUUACAGCUGUCUUAUGGACGGUCUUUGCAAGAGUGGACGUUCUUUACAAGCCAUGGAGCUAUUGGAGAUGAUGAUUAGUGAACGUAAGGUUCCAAAUAUUAUAACUUACAGCACCUUAAUUCAUGGACUAUGUAGAGAAGGUAAACUUCGUGAAGCAUUGGAGAUUUUUGAUAAAAUUAAGCUUCAGGGGUUACAACCUGACGCAGGGUUGUACUGGAAAAUUAUCAGUCUAUUUUGUGAGAUUAACAAGUUCCAGGAAGCCGCUAAUUACCUUGAUGAGAUGGUUCUUAGUGGGGUCCUCCCCAAUCGGGUAACUUGGAGCCUUCAUGUUAAGAUUCAUAACACAGUAGUCCAAGGACUUUGUGUUGGAAAUGAUCCAAAUCGUGCUUUCCAAUUAUAUCUAAGCAUAAGAACUCGAGGAAUUUCAGUCGAGGCGGAGACAUUCGAACUUCUUGUUGAUCACUUUUGCAAGAAAGGAGACCUGCACAAAUCUGCUCGUAUUAUCGAGGAGAUGGUGAUUGAUGGAUGCAUACCUGGAACAGGAACAUGGACUGCUGUACUGGAUGCGUUUUGGGACAGACGAAAGGCGAAGGAAGCUACUGAGUUGGCAUUCUCCGAGCUGAUGGCUAAACUUGUGGAGUGUAAAACCCCGAGCCUAGUUGAACAUUGAGGUAUGUCAUAAAUUACACUUUUGAAGAAAAAUGUAAUACUUUUACAUUUGAAUGAAAAAGUAUUACUCGUUA